AUGUUGUCUACCACGCAAAAGACCCCGGAUAUCGCUUCACUGUCGAUCUCAUCAAUGUCAGAUUAUCAUGUUUUUGACUUCCCCGGGAUAGACCUACAACGAGAGCGGGUGGUGGAUAUUUUAGAUCAGGAAGGAUUUAUUCCUGAUGAACUGAUUGAGCAGGAAGUUGCCUGGUUCUACGGGUCUCUCGAGAUCGAUGAUCUUUUCUUCUCAAAGCAGACACCCGAAAUGAUCUCUAGUAUUAUUAACUCGCUGUAUGCAUCGAAGCUGGACUCGUUUGCAAAGUCUCGGUUCGGUAGCAGUGGUGGAGCUGGAGAUAAGACUAUUGAUGAAGUCGUCGGUGAACCUAACGGGUUUACUAUUAAGAACAAAGUGAUCCAUGAUGACUGUGCAUUGUUUAUGGAAAGUCAAGCCAAAGGGGCAUCGGAAAAAUACGGCCCUUACCAGCUCGAUACGCUCAUAGAUGACUUGUUUCUGGAUAACAAGGAGAGGAAAAGUACCAGAUUGGUUUCAUUUUGGACUCCAGAAAGUGGGUUGAAAUUGACCUUUGUCUACGACAGUGUGUUCCCACCACAGUCCGAGAUUGAUCAGAACAAAUUGCUGCAUGGUGAUAUUGACUGCAUAAGUGAUCAAACCAUGUCGCAGGUGAUCUCUCCAGAAAACAAGAAACUUUAUGGGCUUCUAAUCAAUUUGGUGGGUGAACGAGAGGGUCCUGUCAUCAAGACUACGCAUUCCGUCAAAAACAGCGAUGAAAUCAGGUUGCUAAUCGCUUUUAAGAGAUUUACUACUAAACGUUAUUACUCGGCUAUUAACGCUCUUUUCCAUUAUUACAAGUUGAAGCCAUCAAAAUUUUAUCUUGAAUCCUUCAACACCAAUGAUGUGGUUAUCUUUUCCAUCUAUUUGAAUAAGUCUAAGCAAUUGGAUGACAUAUUACCAAAUGCUUUGGAGUUAUCUAUCAAGCAAGUGGAAAGGGAAGCCUCGCUAUUAUAUGCGCUACCAAGUAAUGCGUUCAGUGAUGUCUAUGAGAGGCGUCAAUUUUCCCCGCAGGAAGCGAUCUACGCCCAUGUGUCUUCGAUAUUCAUCAAUCAUUUUAUCAAUAGAUUGGGUUCCGACUACCAGGAUUUGAUAGAUCAAUUAAAUUUGCAAGAUUCUAACACUGUGCUAUUGGAGAUCGUCAGUAAUUUGAAGAGGAAAUUGAGAAAUGAAACUUUUACCCAGGAAAUGAUCGCAGAUACUUUACACAAGUACCCAAUGAUAGUCUCCAAAUUGUACAAGAAUUUUGCUGAGCUUCACUACUACCACGAUUCUUCUAAAAAUAUGGAAAAGACCUUAUCCUAUCAAAGGUUAGCCAAAUUGGAACCAUUCCAGAAUGACCAGGAAUUUGAGUCCUACUUGAAUAAGUUCAUCCUCAAUGACUCACCAGAUUUGGUUAUCCUGAAGACUUUGAACCUUUUCAACAAAUCUAUCCUAAAGACAAACUUCUUUAUCACUAGAAAAGUAGCCCUUUCGUUCAGAUUGGACCCAAAGCUGAUUAUGCCCGAGAUGGAAUAUCCGGAAACUCCAUACGGUAUCUUCUUUGUCGUCGGUAACACUUUCAAGGGAUUCCACAUAAGGUUCCGGGAUGUGGCUCGUGGUGGUAUCCGUAUUGUUUGUUCAGCAACGCCACACGUUUACGAGAAGAACAGUAAAACUGUCAUCGAUGAAAACUAUCAGCUAGCGUCCACUCAGCAACGUAAGAAUAAGGAUAUUCCAGAAGGUGGUUCUAAAGGUGUCAUUUUGUUAAAUCCGGGAUCCGUGGCACAUGAAGAAACUUUUAUCGCCUUCACUCAGUACGUCGAUUCGAUCAUUGACAUCUUAAUCAAGGAUCCAUUGAAGGAAAAGUACGUCGAUCUUCUCGGGCAUGAGGAGAUUCUAUUUUUUGGUCCUGACGAAGGUACCGCUGGGUUUGUCAAUUGGGCCACUGAGCAUGCCCGUAAGAGAGGUUGCCCUUGGUGGAAGUCCUUCCUCACUGGUAAAUCUCCUGAACUCGGUGGUAUUCCCCACGACGAAUACGGUAUGACUACUCUUGGUGUUCGUUCAUACGUCUUGAAGCUUUAUGAGACUUUGGAUCUGCUAGAUACUACAAUCUACAAAUUCCAAACUGGUGGCCCGGAUGGUGACCUGGGUUCGAAUGAAAUCUUAUUGUCUACUAAAAAUGAAUGCUACGUCGGUAUAUUAGAUGGCUCGGGUGUUUUAUGUGAUCCACAGGGUUUGGAUAAGUCAGAGCUGAUCAGACUAGCUCACGAAAGAAAGAUGGUUUCGCACUAUGAUAUGUCCAAACUGGGUAAGAUGGGGUUCUUUGUGUCUGUGGAUGAUAUUGACACUAUGUUACCCAACGGUUUCAUAGUGCCCAAUGGUACAACUUUCAGAAACACUUUCCACACUCAAAUCUUCAAAUUUGUUGAUCAUUUGGAUUUGUUCGUUCCAUGUGGUGGCAGACCAAACUCCAUUAACUUGAACAAUUUACAUUUCUUCAUCGACGAGAAGACAAACAAAUGUAAGAUACCAUACAUUGUGGAAGGAGCAAACCUGUUCAUUGCUCAACCCGCUAAAGUGGCUCUUGAAAACCAUGGGUGUAUUCUAAUCAAGGAUGCCUCGGCCAAUAAGGGUGGUGUCACAUCUUCUUCCAUGGAAGUGCUGGCCUCUUUAGCAUUGAACGAUGACGAUUUCCUCAACAAGUUCACUGGCAACGGAACCCAUGAAAAGACGGCAUUGUACAAGGCAUACGUGGAGGAAGUUCAGAGAAGAAUUCACCAUAAUGCUGCUCUAGAGUUUGACCAACUAUGGAAGCUCAGAUCAGCUACUGGCCAACCCAUCUCUGAACUGUCCAAUACUUUGUCGCAAACAAUCAACAAAGUCAAUGAUGAUUUGAUCUGCUCGAUGGAGCUCUGGGAGAAUGAUCUUAAGCUCAGAAAUUAUUUGCUGCUAAACAAGAUCAUUCCAAAAUUGCUGAUCGACGUUGCAGGUCCCGAGGCUGUCAUGAAGAAUAUACCCGUCUCAUAUUUGAAGGCCCUACUAUCAAGUUACUUAUCAAGUUCAUUUGUCUAUCAGUUCGGUAUCGAUGUCAACAUUGCCAAGUUUCUUGAAUUCCUUGGUAAACUCAGAAGAGAGGCUGCUAAGAGUAUCCAAUAA